GGCCCCCGAUACUUAUUCACCCCAGACGCCUACUAUUCCAUCUAUUUUCCCUUUCGCCCACGCUUCCAUCGCCGCAGGCAACCCACCCCUCCUCCUCGUCCAUCUCGCUCUCCUCUCCUCUCCUCUCCUCCUCACCACGUCCACGCCCUACCCAUCUCGCCGCCGCCGCCGCCGCAGCCGCCAGAGCCGGAGCGGCUGCAGGGGCCAGGGUUGACGGCGCCACGUCGCCCCCGGCCAUGGUGAUCUCGGCGGAGCCGCCGCCCGCGGCUCUGCCGUCGGAUCCCACCGCGGAAGGCGGCGCCGGGGAGGCGGGGGGCGCGGCCGUGGAGGCGGUGAUGACGCCGUCGAGCGCGCGCCGCGGGGCCCUGUCGUCGCUCCCGUCGACGCUCAAGACGUGGGGGAGCCACCGGAUGCUGCGCUGCGCCCCCGUCAACCGCGCCGGCGACGCCAUCGCCCCGGCCAGGCGGUCCUCCUCGCAGCAGCUCGACGAGGUCAGCGAGAGGCUCCUCCUCGGCCUCCGCGAGGCGGCGGCGGCGGCGCCGGGCGGCGGUGCCAGCGCCGCGGACGACGACGAGUCCCCGGGGGUCGUCGAGGCGGCCUCUCCGCGUCCGUCGAAGGCGCGCACCCGACGACGCCGCCGCGCCCUGAUGCCGCCGUCCCCCGCGCCCGCCGCGAGCGCCUCGCCCCAGGCGUCGGAGCGCGAGCGGAGGCUGGUCCGCGCCGACGCGCUCGGCAGGGCGCGGUUCUCCGCGACGCUCUCCGCCGAGGAGAUCGAGGAGGACGUGUACGCGCUGACCGGCGCGCGCCCGCGCCGCCGCCCGCGGCGCCGCCGGCCCCGCCCCGUGCAGAAGCAGCUCGAUAUGCUACUCCCCGGCGCGUGGCUAUCGGAGAUCACCGCCGAGUUCUACCGGGUGCCGGACGAUCGCUGACCCGCUCCCGCUCAACUCAACCCAACAGUAAGCAAAGCAAAGCGAAUUCGCCGAUCGCAAUUCAAUUGGUUGCCGCCAUUGUGAGCUGAGCUCUACAUAAUCCAUCCAUUAAUUGACCAUAUAGGGUCGGGCUGAUGUGAAUCCCAGCAGCAUUCAGCUAGUAGUCGUAGCAGCAGUAGUGGUAAGCAGCAAGUGCAAGUGAUGGUUCAUGACUAGUCAGUGAUUCUCCAGCAGUGGUGGUUGUGUCUCGUAGUAUCAUCAGCGGAUUGGGAGGACGCAAUGUGGUCCGCUCAGUACAAUCGUUAACAUCGAUCUCUGUUGCAAAUUUGCAAUCUCAAUGCUUCUUCUGUGCAUGGAAAUUUUUCGUCUUUUUUCAUUUCUGGGAGA